AUGACUGCCCCAUUUCUCUCACUCACUCCUCUCCAGGUACGUGUGGGGGAGGUGGGGGGAAACACACUGGGUUUCUACGGCUGCCAGAUGAGUCCAGACGGAUCCAUGAUCCUGGCCCACUCCUUCCACGGAGCGCUGCAUCUCUGGACCCAGGCCCACGAGGAAGAGGUGAGACUCCUAUUAUUUUCUGUUCUACAUCUCUGGACCUACAAAACAAGGCAAAAAGGUGAGAUUCCUAUUAUGUUCUAUUCUAUAGACUACUGAUUGAGCGGCACUGUGAUGGGUCUAUCUCAAAUGCGAUUCAAUCACAGUGAGUUCCCAGUCAGCCACACUGUUAGAGAGAGACUGUGCUAAGUGUAAUUAGGCUGACUGACUGACUAAAGACCCUGGCUGUCAGUGUUUGACUGGGAAUCAGACCUGACUCUGAGUGGCUGACUACUAUGUUACCCUGGGAACAAGACCUGACUGAGUGGCUGACUACUAUGUUACCCUGGGAACAAGACCUGACUGAGUGGCUGACUACUAUGUUACCCUGGGAACAAGACCUGACUGAGUGGCUGACUACUAUGUUACCCUGGGAACAAGACCUGACUGAGUGGCUGACUACUAUGUUACCCUGGGAACAAGACCUGACUGAGUGGCUGACUACUAUGUUACCCUGGGAACAAGACCUGACUGAGUGGCUGACUACUAUGUUACCCUGGGAACAAGACCUCACUGAGUGGCUGACUACUAUGUUACCCUGGGAACAAGACCUGACUGAGUGGCUGACUACUAUGUUACCCUGGGAACAAGACCUGACUGAGUGGCUGACUACUAUGUUACCCUGGGAACAAGACCUGACUGAGUGGCUGACUACUAUGUUACCCUGGGAACAAGACCUUACUGAGUGGCUGACUACUAUGUUACCCUGGGAACAAGACCUGACUGAGUGGCUGACUACUAUGUUACCCUGGGAACAAGACCUGACUGAGUGGCUGACUACUAUGUUACCCUGGGAACAAGACCUGACUGAGUGGCUGACUACUAUGUUACCCUGGGAACUAGACCUGACUCUUAGUGGCUGACUACUCUGUUACCCUUGUUGUUUCACACUACUGAACUGAGUUGAGCUGUACUGGCCUGGUUCAAUGUGAAAGCAAAAUAUCUGAGUCAGCACAGUAGGGUUGUCACUAUACCAGUAUGGCCAUACUAGGAAGUAGGAAAGGAAAGGACUGAAUGUCUUGAGGAAAACAGUCCUAAUGUUGGAAAAAACAGCCUUAUGUUUUCACCCAGAGUCACAUUUGUUUAUUUUGCAAGCUAUAGCACACAAUAUUGUACAAAAGUAGGUUAUAAAGGACCCUAGAGUGAAUUCUGCUUCGUGACAACACUACAGCACAGUGUGGUUGGGUCGGCAGGAAAGUGGGAAGAAGGUAUCAGGUUCAGUAGUAGUGGAGGAGGUAUCAGGUUCAGUAGUAGUGGAGGAGGUAUCAGGUUCAGUAGUAGUGGAGGAGGUAUCAGGUUCAGUAGUAGUGAAGGAGGUAUCAGGUUCAGUAGUAGUGAAGGAGGUAUCACGUUCAGUAGUAGUGAAGGAGGUAUCAGGUUCAGUAGUAGUGAAGGAGAUAUCAGGUUCAGUAGUAGUGAAGGAGGUAUCAGGUUCAGUAGUAAUGAAGAAGGUAUCAGGUUCAGUAUUAGUGAAGGAGAUAUCAGGUUCAGUAGUAGUGAAGGAGGUAUCAGGUUCAGUAUUAAUGAAGAAGGUAUCAGGUUCAGUAUUAGUGAAGGAGAUAUCAGGUUCAGUAGUAGUGAAGGAGGUAUCAGGUUCAGUAGUAAUGAAGAAGGUAUCAGGUUCAGUAUUAGUGAAGGAGAUAUCAGGUUCAGUAGUAGUGAAGGAGGUAUCAGGUUCAGUAGUAGUGAAGGAGGUAUCAGGUUCAGUAGUAAUGAAGGAGGUAUCAGGUUCAGUAGUAGUGAAGGAGGUAUCAGGUUCAGUAGUAGUGAAGGAGGUAUCAGGUUCAGUAGUAGUGAAGGAGGUAUCAGGUUCAGUAGUAGUGAAGGAGGUAUCAGGUUCAGUAGUAGUGAAGAAGGUAUCAGGUUCAGUAGUAGUGAAGGGGGUAUCAGGUUCAGUAGUAGUGAAGGAGGUAUCAGGUUCAGUAGUGGUGAAGGAGGUAUCAGGUUCAGUAGUAGUGAAGGAGGUAUCAGGUUCAGUAGUGGUGAAGGAGGUAUCAGGUUCAGUAGUAGUGAAGGAGGUAUCAGGUUCAGUAGUAGUGAAGGAGGUAUCAGGUUCAGUAGUAGUGAAGGAGGUAUCAGGUUCAGUAGUAGUGAAGGAGGUAUCAGGUUCAGUAGUGGUGAAGGAGGUAUCAGGUUCAGUAGUAGUGAAGGAGGUAUCAGGUUCAGUAGUAGUGAAGGAGGUAUCAGGUUCAGUAGUAGUGCAAAAAGGGUAUGUCUGUGUGUUGUCCCAGGGAGAGUGGAGUCCAGGGGUGGUGAUAUCUGGUCACUUCAAUGCAGUGCAGGACCUGAGUUGGGACCCUGAGGGGGACUUCAUCCUCAGUGUGGGGUCAGACCAGACCACCAGGCUACUAACACCAUGGAGGAGGAAGGACCAAACACAGGUACAUGUAACCCAGGGCUCUUCAACCCUGUUCCUGAAAAGCUACCGUCCUGUAGGUUUUCGCUCCAAUCCCAGUUGUAACUAACCUAAUUCAUUUUAUCAACCAGCUAAUUCUUAGAAUUAGGUACGCUAGAUUAGGGUUGGAGUGGCUCUCCAGGAACAGGUUUGGAGAGCCCUGAAGACCCCUUUCACUCCUAUAGGCAGACCCACAGAUGCACUGUAGACAUUAAUAGACAUAGAGGCGUAUCAAUAAGUACCCUAUAGACGUCACAUUGAGCAGGUUGACUUUAUUGUCAUUAGUCUUGUCCUGGAGGCAGAACUGAGCGAUUUCCCCUUAGAUAGGCCAGCUGCAAAGUCAAAAUUGGCUAGGUUUUUGGUCUUAAUUUAAGGUUAGGGUUAGGCAUUAGGGUUAGGGUUAGGUUUAAAUCCGAUUUUAUGACUGCCAGCUAGUGACCAAUCUGCAGAGCUGCCUCCAGAACAAGCCCAUGUUGAUGCCCCUACCGAGCCCUAGUAAUAAAACCAUACUGCAAUUCUAUUUGACCACAGGAAAAAAAAGUUGUGUACUACUGCAUGAACACUUUAAUGUAAGUCGAUUGAAUUGAGCCUUUUUUAAGGCCUUUAACCAAACGACUGGCAACAUUACUGUGGCCCGAAAACUCAAAGUACUUUUAUUGCUCAAAGUGCUUAUUCCUCUUGGUAAUGGCCAAAUAUCAUCCUCCUGUUUUUGCAUGUUUUUAAUAUAGCAGUGUUAUAUUGUGGACUGCGUCAUUUUGCGUUUACAGUAGAAUAUUAACAGUUUGUGAAGAUAAAAUAGUUUUACUAGCCCUACAUUCUCUCAUAGAGGACUUGUUAAGGUUUAAAGAAGUCAGCAAUUUGUUGUUUAAGUUUUUACUGUGAUGUGUCUGUCUGGCAGGAAAACCUUGUUAAGAAGGGCAAAUGCGUUUUUCUGUCUCGUAUUCAGGCACGUAACCACAUUCAAAUGGCUUAUUUCUCUCUGAGGUGAUUUUUUAAAAAGAGAAUAGUGCGUUUUAGAUCAGUACCACUUUUCAUAAUACCUAUUGUUGGGUAAAAAUUCCAAGGAUUGCAUAAAACUAAUAAAAUAAUAUAUAUUUCUAAAGAUGGAUACUUCUGUCAAAGUUAUGCGCAUGUAUUUGUUACCAUCACAUUUCCUAACCCCUGCUCUGAACUCAUCACAACGUCACAUUGUACACCAGGGAUACAUUUAGGCGUAUAAAAUGCAAAUAACAAACAAGAUAUAGGAAAGAUAUAGGCUGUGUCCCAACUGGCACCCUAUCCACUAUAAUAAUAAUAUAAUAAUAAUAAUAAUAAUAAUAAUAAUAAUAUAAUAAUAAUAAUAUGCCAUUUAGCAGACGCUUUUAUCCAAUGCGACUUACAGUCAUGUGUGCAUAAAUUUUUACUUAUGGGUGGUCCCGGGGAUCGAACCCACUACCCUGGUGUUACAAGCGCCAUGCUCUACCAAUUGAGCUACAGAGCACCAUAUAAUGCCUAUAUAUAGUGGGGAAAAAAAGUAUUUAGUCAGCCACCAAUUGUGCAAGUUCUCCCACUUAAAAAGAUGAGAGAGGCCUGUAAUUUUCAUCAUAGGUACACGUCAACUAUGACAGACAUAUUGAGAUUUUUUUUCUCCAGAAAAUCACAUUGUAGGGUUUUUAAUGAAUUUAUUUGCAAAUUAUGGUGGAAAAUAAGUAUUUGGUCACCUACAAACAAGCAAGAUUUCUGGCUCUCACAGACCUGUAACUUCUUCUUUAAGAGGCUCCUCUGUCCUCCACUCGUUACCUGUAUUAAUGGCACCUGUUUGAACUUGUUAUCAGUAUAAAAGACACCUGUCCACAACCUCAAACAGUCACCACUCCAAACUCCACUAUGGCCAAGACCAAAGAGCUGUCAAAGGACACCAGAAACAAAAUUGUAGACCUGCACCAGGCUGGGAAGACUGAAUCUGCAAUAGGUAAGCAGCUUGGUUUGAAGAAAUCAACUGUGGGAGCAAUUAUUAGGAAAUGGAAGACAUACAAGACCACUGAUAAUCUCCCUCGAUCUGGGGCUCCACGCAAGAUCUCACCCUGUGGGGUCAAAAUGAUCACAAGAACGGUGAGCAAAAAUCCCAGAACCACACGGGGGGACCUAGUGAAUGACCUGCAGAGAGCUGGGACCAAAGUAACAAAGCCUACCAUCAGUAACACACUACGCCGCCAGGGACUCAAAUCCUGCAGUGCCGGACGUGUCCCCCUGCUUAAGCCAGUACAUGUCCAGGCCCGUCUGAAGUUUGCUAGAAUGCAUUUGGAUGAUCCAGAAGAGGAUUGGGAGAAUGUCAUAUGGUCAGAUGAAUCCAAAAUAGAACUUUUUGGUAAAAACUCAACUCGUCGUGUUUGGAGGACAAAGAAUGCUGAGUUGCAUCCAAAGAACACCAUACCUACUGUGAAGCAUGGGGGUGGAAACAUCAUGCUUUGGGGCUGUUUUUCUGCAAAGGGACCAGGACGACUGAUCCGUGUAAAGGAAAGAAUGAAUGGGGCCAUGUAUCGUGAGAUUUUGAGUGAAAACCUCCUUCCAUCAGCAAGGGCAUUGAAGAUGAACGUGGCUGGGUCUUUCAGCAUGACAAUGAUCCCAAACACACCGCCCGGGCAACGAAGGAGUGGCUUCGUAAGAAGCAUUUCAAGGUCCUGGAGUGGCCUAGCCAGUCUCCAGAUCUCAACCCCAUAGAAAAUCUUUGGAGGGAGUUGAAAGUCCGUGUUGCCCAGCGACAGCCCCAAAACAUCACUGCUCUAGAGGAGAUCUGCAUGGAGGAAUGGGCCAAAAUACCAGCAACAGUGUGUGAAAACCUUGUGAAGACUUACAGAAAACGUUUGACCUGUGUCAUUGCCAACAAAGGGUAUAUAACAAAGUAUUGAGAAACUUUUGUUAUUGACCAAAUACUUAUUUUCCACCAUAAUUUGCAAAUAAAUUCAUAAAAAAUCCUACAAUGUGAUUUUCUGGAUUUUUUUUUCUCAUUUUGUCUGUCAUAGUUGACGUGUACCUAUGAUGAAAAUUACAGGCCUCUCUCAUCUUUUUAAGUGGGAGAACUUGCACAAUUGGUGGCUGACUAAAUACUUUUUUUUCCCCACUGUAGUGCACUACCCCUAUUCCCUAUACCCUAUGGGCCCUGGUCAAAAGUGUUACAAUAUAGGGAAUAGGGGUGGCAUUAGGGACGUAGCCAUAGGUGACCUCUUCUAACAUUUCCUCUACUAUCUCUUACACCCUCUGUCCUCCCCACAGCCCACCUGGCACCAGGUUUCUUACUAUAAUACUAUACCUCAGUAUCUCUUCAGUAUAUCUAAUCCCCCCCUGUCCUCUGUGUCUUAACUACAGCCUACCUGGCACGAGAUCUCUCGCCCCCAGAUCCACGGCUAUGAUAUGCAGUGUCUGGCCAUGGUGGGGCGCUUCCAGUACGUCUCCGGGGCCGACGAGAAGGUCCUGCGGGUGUUCCGUGCCCCCCGCAACUUUGUGGAGAACUUCGCCAACAUCUCUGGCACACCUCUGGAGAAGCUGCUGGCCUCCAGUGUGAGUAGCAGUUCCAAAAUCCUGAUUUGCUAUUGGUCGGCGUAUCAACAUCCCGCUUUGUUAUUGGUCGAGUGUAGUGUCAAUCAACCCCAGUUGCUUCCUACAUCACCCCCAAUUGCUACUGUAGGGCCUUUCCGCAGUUCCUCACCCUAUGUCCUCCUUCUCAACCGUAUUGGAGGAGAAGGUCCAAGGUCCCUCCCCUCUGACCUUCUUCUCUAAUGCGAGGAAAGAGGAUGCAAAAAAAAAAGGAAGAAAAGAUAGAGAAAAAGCCUACACCGUUGAGAUUCCCUUUUGAACCCUCUCCCCUGUAUGUAUGUUUGUGUGUGUCUGUUUCCCUUUAUCAGGACACUGUAGAUCAACCAGAAGGAGCCAGUACUCCUGCCCUAGGCCUCUCCAACAAGGCUGUGUUUCAAGGUAUGGCUCUAAGGCUGCAUUUACACAGGCAGCCCAAUUCUGAUAUUUUUUUCAGUAAUUGGUCUUUUGACCAAUCACAUAAGCUCUGAAAAUGAUCAGAUGUGAAAAGAUCUGAUAUGAUUGGUCAAAAGAUCAGAAUGGGCUGCCUGUGUAAGUGCAGCCUACGUUCAUCCUAAACUUGGUCUUUCUGCAUGUAAUGGUCAAUGUCUCGUUACAUCUGGCUGAUUCUGAUAGUUUCUCCUUUUGAUUGACAGGUGAUCUUGCUCCCAAGACCAAUAAAGAGGAGGGAACCGGGUUCAACAGUGUUUCUGACCAAUACCAAGAGUCCUACUUCCACCCUCUCACAGUUAAUGGUAUUGCAUACUGAAAACAUAUAUUAGUCCAAGUUAAAAACAACAAAGCUUUUUAUGUCUGAGGCUUUACUCCCACAAAACAUCAGACUUACAUAAACCAUACAUUUUUUUGUUUGUUUACUGGGUCCCUAUAGAAUUCGCCAGUGCAGCUCUCUCUCUCUCUCUCUCUCUCUCUCUCUCUCUCUCUCUCUCUCUCUCUCUCUCUCUCUCUCUCUCUCUCUCUCUCUCUCUCUCUCUCUCUCUCAAAGUUAGUAGACACUCUGCUCUGCAUGUUAGAAGAGGGGGAUGAAUCCGAACUACUGGAGAUAGGAGGAAGAGAAGCAUGAGGGAGGGGGAGGAAAAGAGAGGCAGAGAGAGAAUGGCAGAGGGGAGGGAGAGAGAGGGAUGGAGGGAGACCGAAUCGGGGGGUUGGGGAAGCUUUGGGUACCUUGGCUGUAGGCAAACGGUGUCAGGGUUGUCAUUCACUGUGAUUUGUAAAAAGCUCCUUAUUUAUUUAUUUAAAGUCUGAGAUCAUAGUUAGAAUAAAGGCUUACGGUUUCUUCAGAAAGUAUUCAUACCCCUUGACUUAUUCCACAUUUUGUUGUUACAGCCUGAAUUCAAAAUUGAUUAAAUAUAUUUUUUUCUCUCACCCAUCUAUACACAAUACCCCAUAAUGACGAAGUGACAACAUGUUUUUAGAAAUGUUUGCAAUUUGAUUGAAAAUGAAAUACAGAAAUAUCUCAUUUACAUACCGUGCCAGUCAAAACACCAGUUUGGACACACCUACUCAUUCCAGGGGUUUUCUGUAGUUUCUGUAAUAGUUUUUUUACUAUUUUCUACAUUAUAGAAUAAUAAUGAAGACAUUAAAACUAUGAAAUAACACAUAUGGAACCAAAACUAAAAAACUAAAAAGUGUUAAACAAAUCAAAAUAUAUUGUAUAUUUGAGAUUCUUCAAAGUAGCCAACCUUUGCCUUGAUGACCGCUUUGCACACUCUUGGCAUUCUCUCAACCAGCUUCAUGAGGUAGUCACCUGGAAUGCAUUUCAAUUAACAGGUGUGCCUUGUUUAAAGUUAAUUUGUGGAAUUUCUUUCCUUCUUAAUGGGUUUGAGCCAAUCAGUUGUGUUGUGACAUGGUAGGGGUGGUAUACAGAAAAUAGCCCUAUUUGGUAAAAGACCAAGUCCAUAUUAUGGCAAGAACAGCUCAAAUAAGCAAAGAGAAACGACAGUCCAUCAUUACUUUAAGACAUGAAGGUCAGUCAAUCUGGAACAUUUCAAGAACUUUGAAAGUUUCUUCAAGUGCAGUCGCAAAAACCAAGCGCUAUAAUGAAACUGGCUCUCAUGAGGACCGCCACAGGAAUGGAAGACCCAGAGUAACCUCUGCUGCAGAGGAUAAGUUCAUUAGAGUUACCAGCCUCAGAAAUUGCAGCCCAAAUAAAUGCUUCACAGAGUUCAAGUAACAGACCCAUCUCAACAUCAACUGUUCAGAGGAGAUUGCGUGAAUCAGGCCUUCAUGGUCGAAUUGCUGCAAAGAAACCACUACCAAAGGACACCAAUAAGAAGAAGAGACUUGCUUGGGCCAAGAAACACGAGCAAUGGACCAGUGGAAAUCUGUCCUUUGGUCUGAUGAGUCCAAAUUGGAGAUAUUUGGUUCCAACCGCUGUGUCUUUGUGAAACGCAGAGUAGGUGAACGGAUGAUCACCGCAUGUGUGGUUCCCACCGUGAAGCAUGGAGGGGUAAUGGUGUGGGUGUGCUUUGCUGGUAACACUGUCUGUGAUUUAUUUAGAAUUCAAGGCACACUUAACCAACAUGGCUACCACAGCAUUCUGCAGCGAUACGCCAUCCCAUCUGGUUUGCGCUUAGUGGGACUAUCAUUUGUUUUUCAACAGGACAAUGACCCAAAACACACCUCCAGGCUGUGUAAGGGCUAUUUGACCAAGGAGAGUGAUGGAGUGCUGCAUCAGAUGGCCUGGCCUCCACAAUCACCCGACCUCAACCCAAUUGAGAUGGUUUGGGAUGAGUUGGACUGAAGAGUGAAGGAAAAGCAGCCAAGAAGUGCUCAGCAUAUGUGGAAACUCCUUCAAGACUGUUGGAAAAGCAUUCCUCAUGAAGCUGGUUGAGAGAAUGCCAAGAGUAUGCAAAGCUGUCAUCAAGGCAAAGGGUGGCUACUUUGAAGAAUAUAACAUAUUUUUGGGUUACUACAUGAUUCCAUAUGUGUUAUUUCAUAGUUUUUGAUGUCGUAACUAUUAUUCUACAAUGUAGAAAAUAGUCAAAAUAAAGAAAAACCCUUGAAUGAAUAGGUGUGUCCAAACCUUUGACUGAUACUGUAAGUAUUCACACCCCUUUGCUAUGACACUCCAAAUUGAGCUCAGGUGCAUCCAAUUUCCUUUGAUCAUCCUUGAGAUGCCACUACAACUUGAUUGGAGUCCACCUGUGGCCAAUUCAAUUGUUUGGACAUGAUAUGGAAAGAAACACACCUGUUUAUGUAAGGUCUUACAGUUGACAGGGCAUGUCAGAGCAGAAACUAUACCCUGAAGUCCAAGGGACUGUCUGUAGAUCUCCGAGAUGGAAUUGUUAUGAGGCAUAUAUAUAUAUAUAUACAGUGGGGAAAAAAAGUAUUUAGUCAGCCACCAAUUGUGCAAGUUCUCCCACUUAAAAAGAUGAGAGAGGCCUGUAAUUUUCAUCAUAGGUACACGUCAACUAUGACAGACAAAAUGAGGAAAGAAAAUCCAGAAAAUCACAUUGUAGGAUUUUUAAUGAAUUUAUUUGCAAAUUAUGGUGGAAAAUAAGUAUUUGGUCAAUAACAAAAGUUUCUCAAUACUUUGUUAUAUACCCUUUGUUGGCAAUGACACAGGUCAAACGUUUUCUGUAAGUCUUCACAAGGUUUUCACACACUGUUGCUGGUAUUUUGGCCCAUUCCUCCAUGCAGAUCUCCUCUAGAGCAGUGAUGUUUUGGGGCUGCCGCUGGGCAACACAGACUUUCAACUCCCUCCAAAGAUUUUCUAUGGGGUUGAGAUCUGGAGACUGGCUAGGCCACUCCAGGACCUUGAAAUGCUUCUUACGAAGCCACUCCUUCGUUGCCCGGGCGGUCUGUUUGGGAUCAUUGUCAUGCUGAAAGACCCAGCCACGUUUCAUCUUCAAUGCCCUUGCUGAUGGAAGGAGGUUUUCACUCAAAAUCUCAUGAUACAUGGCCCCAUUCAUUUUUUCCUUUACACGGAUCAGUCGUCCUGGUCCCUUUGCAGAAAAACAGCCCCAAAGCAUGAUGUUUCCACCCCCAUGGUUCACAGUAGGUAUGGUGUUCUUUGGAUGCAACUCAGCAUUCUUUGUCCUCCAAACACGACGAGUUGAGUUUUUACCAAAAAGUUAUAUUUUGGUUUCAUCUGACCAUAUGACAUUCUCCCAAUCCUCUUCUGGAUCAUCCAAAUGCACUCUAGCAAACUUCAGACGGGCCUGGACAUGUACUGGCUUAAGCAGGGGGACACGUCUUGCACUGCAGGAUUUGAGUCCCUGGCGGCGUAGUGUGUUACUGAUGGUAGGCUUUGUUAAUUUGGUCCCAGCUCUCUGCAGGUCAUUCACUAGGUCCCCCCGUGUGGUUCUGGGAUUUUUGCUCACCGUUCUUGUGAUCAUUUUGACCCCACGGGGUGAGAUCUUGCGUGGAGCCCCAGAUCGAGGGAGAUUAUCAGUGGUCUUGUAUGUCUUCCAUUUCCUAAUAAUUGCUCCCACAGUUGAUUUCUUCAAACCAAGCUGCUUACCUAUUGCAGAUUCAGUCUUCCCAGCCUGGUGCAGGUCUACAAUUUUGUUUCUGGUGUCCUUUGACAGCUCUUUGGUCUUGGCCAUAGUGGAGUUUGGAGUGUGACUGUUUGAGGUUGUGGACAGGUGUCUUUUAUACUGAUAACAAGUUCAAACAGGUGCCAUUAAUACAGGUAACGAGUGGAGGACAGAGGAGCCUCUUAAAGAAGAAGUUACAGGUCUGUGAGAGCCAGAAAUCUUGCUUGUUUGUAGGUGACCAAAUACUUAUUUUCCACCAUAAUUUGCAAAUAAAUUCAUUAAAAAUCCUACAAUGUGAUUUUCUGGAGAAAAAAAAUCUCAAUUUGUCUGUCAUAGUUGACGUGUACCUAUGAUAAAAAUUACAGGCCUCUCUCAUCUUUUUAAGUGGGAGAACUUGCACAAUUGGUGACUGACUAAAUACUUUUUUCCCCCACUGUAUCUGGGGAAGGGUAUAAAACAAUUUCUUGAUUGUUGAAAGUUUCCAAGAGCACAGUGGUCUCCAUCAUUGGGAAAUUGACAAAAUAUGGAACUACCCAGUCUCUGCCUAGAGCUGGCCGUCCGACCAAACUGAGCAACCGGGCAAGAAGGACCUUGGUCAGGGAGGUGACUAAGAACCCAGUGUCCACUCUGACAGCACUACAGAGUUCCUUGGCUGAGAUGGGAGAACCUGCCAGAAGGACAACAGUCUCUACAGCACUUCACCAAUCUGGGCUUUAUGGGAGAGUGGCCAGAUGGAAACCACUCCUGAGAAAAAGGCACAUGACUGCACGCCUGGAGUUUGCAAAAAGGCACGUGAAAGACUCCGAGCAUAAGGCAAAAGAUUCUGUGGUCUGUUGAGACAUAAAUUGAACUAUUUGGACUGAAUGCAAAGCGCUAUGUCUGGAGAAAACCAGACACAUCUCAUCACCCAUCUAACACCAUCCCUACCGUGAAGCAUGGUGGUGGCAGCAUCAUGCUAUGAGGAUGCUUUUCAGCGGCAGGGACUGGGAGACUGGUAAGGAUAGAGGGACCAUGAAUGGUGCCAAAUACAGGCAAAUCCUUGAAGAGAACCUGCUUCAGAGUGCAAAUGACCUUAGACUGGGGGCGAAGAUUUAUGUUCCAACAGGACAAUUACCCCAAGCAUACAACCAAAGCAACGCUGGAAUGGCUUCAGAACAAGAAUGUGAAAGUCAUUGAGUUGCCCAGCAAAAAAAAAACGAAUUCAAUCCCACUGAAAAUCUGUGGAAAGACUUGAAGAUUGCUGUUCACCGCCGCUCCCCAUAAAACUUAAUACAGCUUGAGAAAAUCUGCAAGGAAGAAUGGGUGAAAAUCCCCAAACCCAGAUGUACAAAGCUGAUGCAGACAUACCCAAGAUGACUCAAAGCUGUAAUCGCCGCCAAAGGUGCUUCUACAAAGUAUUGACUCGGGUGUGAAUACUUAUAUCAAUUAUAUUUUUCUGUAUUUCAUUUUCAAUCAAUUUGCAUUUCUAAACAUGUUUUAACUUUGUAAUGAUGGAGUAUUUCUUUUAGAUGGGUGAGAAAACAAAUCAAUUUAAUCCAUUUUGAAUUCAGGCUGUAAUGCAACAAAAUGUGGAAUAAGUGAAGGGGUAUGAAUACCUUCUGAAGGCACUGUAUUUGAUUACAGAGUUAUGAUAUUGAUGGCUCUAGUCUACAGGGUUCUAUGUGUGUGUUUGUGCGCACGUGUGUGUGUGUCUGUACAGAGCGAAAUUAUAAUAUUGAUGUACAGGGCUACUGUGUGUGUGUGUGUGUGUGUUCGUAGAGGGCUAUGGGGAGAGGGAAAUGAAGCAGACACAGAGUUGUUAACAGAAUAAUGAGUUAACAGAAUAAUGCCAUGUCUCUGAUUCACUACUAGAGGGGGUAAAGGGAGGGAACAAUUAGGGAGAAAUGGGAAGCCUGGGACAAAUAAAAAAAAAAGAGGGGGAACUAGGCUUUCAAUUUCAUGUGUAAUGAAGGAGAGGAUGGGUUGUGUAAGUGGCUGCGUCCCAAAUGGCAACCUAUUCCCAACAUAGUGCACUACUUUUGACCAGGGCCAAUAGGACUAUAAAGGGAAUAGGGUGCCAUUUGGGACACGCUAUGUGUCUGAAGGAGUAGAUGGUGAAUAGAAGUCGUCUUGCCAUGGGUGGAGAAUGAGAGAGGGGGUACAUUUGAUUCUCAUUUCGCAGCACCCCUCAAAGCUAACAGCCGUUGAAAAUUGGGAGAUAAAGCCUCGUUCAAAAUUGCUUUUCAGAAAUAGCAAGUUGAGGGUUACACAUUGGAGCUAAAUGCUAACGAUGAGCGCUGUGAAGAAAACGAGAAAACGUUGUCUUGAGGCGGUCAAUUGUGUUCUUCAUUCUGAUUCGUGUCUCCAGUGUGCCUCGCGUCUUUAAUUCCCUCUCUCUUUCUUUUUACUCCUUUUACUCCCUCUCUCCCUCCCUGCUUAACGUUAGGUGGGUUGUUAAACAAGAAAAUCACAACAGCCAGACACUUAGGUACAAUCUUAAUUUAGUCAAUAGGAAAAUGGUUCCCAUUUUGAAUUAUAAAACAAGCUAAUGUUGAAUAUGUUGAGUAGAUAUGUAAGGAUUUUGAAAUUGACUUUCUUUGUUAUUUUGUGUGUGUGUGUGUGUGCGCUCGUGAAUCCACAGAGCCCCCUCCAGAGGACCACCUCCUCCAAAAUACACUAUGGCCUGAGGUCCAAAAACUGUAAGUGUCCCAUUAUCCUUCUAACUAGUCCUUUCCUUUCCAUCCUCAUAUGCACGCAUGCGUGCACACACAAUAACCCUUGUUAUUGUUAUUUUAUUGUUAUUUUAUUGUGUUACUAUUUUAUUUUUGUAUCUAUUUGUUUAUUUUCGUACUUUUUAACUGCAUUGUUGGGAAAGGGCUCGUAAGUAAGCAAUUUCACUGUUAAGUUUGAACUUGUUGUGUUCGGUGCAUGUGACAAAUACAAUUUUAUUUUAUUUGACACACAUUUUCUGUUUCAAUGGCUGCGUUUAUACAGGCAGGCCAAUUCAGAUCUUUUUCCACUAAUUGGUCUUUUGACCAAUCAGAUUAACUCUUUUGCCAAAAGAUCAGAAUUGGGCUGCCUGUAUAAAGGCAGCCAAUGUCAGAGAGCACAACUUUUGCACCCGCUUCAUCAACUACAGAAUCAGAUGGGGCCUUGACAGCAAAAUUGUUUUAGCACUGUUUCCUACUGUAUUGGAAUGUAUAUGAGGCAUGUGUGAUUUCAACCUUUUGUGAGCAGCAUCCAUUUUCCUUGCGAUAACGUUUUGACACAUUUCUCAUAUUUAUAGACAAAUAACUGGUUAUUUUUUGUUUCGCUGCCUGUGAGGAUUAAUGUGUCUGAAAAUUUAGUUUCUAAAUGCCCUUCAGAGACAGCCAUCCAGCCAGUCAGCCAAAAGCCCCCCCACCACCAAUCAGAAUGCAGAUUUCCCCCCCAUGCCCCAUGAGCCUCUUCUCUCCCCAGUAGAAUAUAUCGCCUCCAUUUGUGGCUAAUGUUAAAUCCAUUUACCAGUCAAUCCUGCAUUAACAUGACAUACAACUUGAAAGUGCAGCCAUUGUGUUUUUGAAUAGCACUUUUCUUACUCCCAUUUGGCAAGGAAUUAAUUGUAUAAUUGGAUGCUUAAUAGCUAACAUAAAAAUAGAUAAGUGGCAUAUUAUUUUUGUGGUUCAAUGAUUUUGUGGUGGUGUAUCUAUUUUGUGUAUAUUUCUGAAUAUGAAAUGUUUAGGUUUGGUAGGUUGAGAGGAUGAGAUGUUUCUCCCACCUGGCUGAAAAUCUAUGGUUUGGUGAUUGCUCACUUUUAAAACAUCAAGUAGAUUUUCCGCGGCCUGAAAGCAAUUAAAGGUUGAAUAAUUAGCCAGUGCAUAAUCACUUUGUUUUUGUGUGUUUGCGCUUGCGUUCAGUCCGUCAUUCAAGAGUCCUGUACCUCACUGUUUAAUUCCACAGUCUAAAUAGCUCCAGCAGUCUUAUUUACCAGUAAGGUAUCUGUGUUGUCUUAAGCUUUCCAGCCUGUCUAAGGGGCAUCUCCAUAAUGCCAUACAGAAAACUCUCUGGCUUGUGUUCCAAAUGUAACCCUAAUCCCUAUGGGCCCUGGUAAAAAAAGUAGUGCGCUACAUAGGGAUUAGGGUGCCAUUUGGGACUUGGCCUCUGUUCCAAAUGCGCCUGUUUAGAACCUGGCAGCUCCGACACGAGAAGUGAGAUUCUAUUGAGAUUGUUAGAUGCAGAAUUUGAAAGAUUUCAGGACAAUUGUUUGUGCUUCAAGUUUGACUACUUGGCUUUUAUAACAGUCUUAUCAGUGACUAAGCUCUUAUCACUCCUCCUCUUCCCUCAUUCCAUUCCCUCCUUUCUCUCUCUUUAUUGUUCCCUCUUUCUUUUUUCCUCUCCCUCCCUCCGUCUCUCCCUCCCUCGGUCCCUCUCUCCCUCGGUCCCUCUCUCCAGGUACGGACACGGCUUUGAGAUGUUCUGUCUGGCGUCUGACAGCGGGAGGACGGUGGUGGCGUCUGCAUGUAAGGUAGCGUGACAAGUGAGGGGCCAAAAGCCACACGACUACCUGAAACUACCACACACACACACACACACACACCUCAAAUUGUAGUCAUUAGUGCUACUGCAGUCUGUUGCAAGGACUAGUGACUUGUUUCCCGGACACAGAUUAAGCCUAGUCAUGGACUAAAAAAGCAAUGGAGAACCUCCAUUGAAAAUGCUUUUUUUAUUUUAAUAACUGUCCUUAAUUUUUUAAAGAUCAGUUCCUCUUCCGUAUUCGGAAAGUGUUCAGACCCCUUGACUUUUUCCACAUUUUGUUACAUUACAGCCUUAUUCUAAAAUUGAUGAAAUUGUUUGUUUUUGUCAUCAUCAAUCUACACACAAUACCCCAUAAUGACAAAGCAAAGACAGGUUUUUAGAAAAACUGAAAUAUGACAUUUACAUAAGUAUUCAGACCCUUUACUCAGUACUUUGUUGAAGCACCUUUGGCAGUGAUUACAGCCUCGAGUCUUCUUGGGUAUGACGCUACAAGCUUGGCCCACCUCUAUUUGGGGAGUUUCUACCAUUCUUCUCAGCAGAUCCUCUCAAGUUCUGUCAGGUAGGAUGGGGAGUGUCGCUGCACAGCUAUUUUCAGGUCUCUACAGAGAUGUUCGUUCUGGUUCAAGUCCGGGCUCUCGCUGGGCCACUCAAGGACAUUCAGAGACAUGUCCCGAAGCCACUCCUGCGUUGUCUUGGCUGUGUGCUUAGGGUCGUUGUCCUGUUGGAAGGUGAACCUUCGCCCCCAGUCUGAGGUCUUGAGCGCUCUGGAGCAGGUCAUCAAGGAUCUCUCUGUGCUUUGCUCUGUUCAUCUUUCCCUCGAUCCUGACUAGUCUCCCAGUUCCUGCCUCUAAAAAACAUCCCCACAGCAUGAUGCUGCCACCACCAUGCUUCACCGUAGGGAUGGUGCCAGGUUUCCUCCAGACGUGACGCUUGGCAUUCAGGCCAAAGAGUUCAAUCUUGGUUUCAUCAGACCAGAGAAUCUUGUUUCUCAUGGUCUGAGAGUCUUUAGGCGCCUUUUGUCUCCAAGCAGGCUGUCAUGUGCCUUUUACUGAGGAGUGGCUUCCGUCUGGCCACUCAAUCAUAAAGGCCUGAUUGGUGGAGUGCUGCAGAGAUGGUUGUCCUUCUGGAAGGUUUUCCCAUCUCCACAGAGGAACUCUGGAGCUCUGUCAGAGUGACCAUCGGGUUCUUGGUCACCUCCCUGACCAAGGCCCUGCUCCCCCGAUUGCUCAGUUUGUCCGGGCGGCCAGCUCUAGGAAGAGCCUUAGUGGUUCCAAACUUUUUUUGAUACACUUCCCCAGAUCUGUGCCUCGACACAAUCCUGUCUCGGAGCUCUACAGACAAUUCCUUCAACCUCAUUACUUGGUUUUUGCUCUGACAUGCACUGUCAAAUGUGGGACCUUAUAUAGACAGGUGUGUGCCUUUCCAAAUCAUGUCCAAUCAAUUGAAUUUACCACGGGUGGACUCCAAUCAAAUUGUAGAAACAUCUCAAGGAUGAUCAAUGGAAACAGCAUGCACCUGAGCUCAAUUUCGAUUCUUGUAGCAAAGAGUUUGAAUACUUAUGUAAAUGUGAUAUUUAUGUUUUUUUUUAAACUGUUUUUGCUUUGUCAUUAUGGGGUAUUGUGUGUAGAUUGAUGAGGAUUUUUAUUUAUUUAAUCCAUUUUAGAAUAAGGCUGUAACGUAACAAAAUGUGGAAAAUGGGAAGGGGUCUGAAUACUUUCCGAAUGCACUGUGUAUAUACAGUAUCAGUCAAAAUAUUUUUACUAUUUUCUACAUUGUAGAAUAAUAGUGAAGACAUCAAAACAAGAAAUAACACAUAUGGAAUCAUGUAGUAACCCAAAAAGUGCUAAACAAAUCAAAAUAUAUUUGAUAUUUUAUAUUCUUCAAAGUAGCCACCCUUUGCCUUGAUGACAGCUUUGCACACUCAUGGCAUUCUCUCAACCAGCUUCAUUAGGAAUGCUUUUCCAACAGUCUUGAAGGAGUUCCCACAUAUGCUGAGCACUUGUUGGCUGCUUUUCCUUCAAGAGCAAUGGACACGAGCAAUGGACAUUAGACCGGUGGAAAUCUGUCCUUUGGUCUGAUGAGUCCAAAUUUGAGAUUUUUGGUUCCAACCUCCGUGUCUUUGUGAGAUGCAGAGUAGGUGAACAGAUGAUCUCCGCAUGUGUGGUUCCCACCGUGAUGCAUGGAGGAGGAGGUGUGAUGGUGUGGGGGUGCUUUGCUCGUGACACUGUCUGUGAUGUAUUUAGAAUUCAAGGCACACUUAACCAGCAUGGCUACCACAGCAUUCUGCAGCGAUACGCCAUCCCAUCUGGUUUGCGCUUAGUGGGACAAUCAUUUGUUUUUCAACAGGACAAUGACCCAAAACACACCCCCCAGGCUGUGUAAGGGCUAUUUGACCAAGGAGAGAGAUGGAGUGCUGCUUCAGAUGACCUGGCCUCCACAAUCACCCGACCUCUACCCAAUUGAGAUGGUUUGGGAUGAGUCAGACCGCAGAGUGAAGGAAAAGCAGCCAAGAAGUGCUCAGCAUAUGUGGGAACUCCUUCAAGACUGUUGGAAAAGCAUUCCUCAUGAAGCUGGUUGAGAGAAUGCCAAGAGUGUGCAAAGCUGUUUUUUGUUGACGUGUACCUAUGAUGAAAAUUACAGGCCUCUCUCAUCUUUUUAAGUGGGAGAACUUGCACAAUUGGUGGCUGACUAAAUACUUUUUUCCCCCACUGUACACACAGCUACAGAUCACACUCAGGGUCCUGUGAAGAGAAGCACAUUCUCCAUGUUGCCUGCCAACAUCCUCCCUGUCGCUGCCAUCCCUCAUCACUCCUACACACACACACACACACACACACACACACACACACACACACACACACACAUACACACACGCCAGGGUUACUGUCUGCUCUACUGUCAGUUUGCCUUGGUCAGGUGUGGCACUAGUGCUCUGGGCGACAGGUACGAACACACACACACACACACACACACACACACACACACAAGCACAAUUGGGAAUGAACACACUGAAAGAGACACACACAAAAAUACACAUAGACAGACAGAUGGACACACACGUUAGCACACAGAGGAAGGCAGAUGUCACGUGACCUGGGUGGACUAGCGGUCAGUGACGCCGCGUACAGCAGGGUUGCUGUGGUUUCCAAUUUGGCCCAUUAUCUUUCCUACUGUCUCUCCUUUAUCCAAUAAAAACCAUUGGCCAACAUAUACAGUUGAAGUCGGAGGUUUACAUACACUUAGGUUGGAGUCAUUAAAACUCGUUUUUCAACCACUCCACAAAUUUCUUGUUAAGAAACUAUAGUUUUGGCAAGUCGGUUAGGACGUCUACUUUGUGCAUGACACAAGUAAUUUUUCCAACAAUUGUUUACAGACAGAUUAUUUCACUUAUAAUUCACUGUAUCACAAUUCCAGUGGGUCAGAAGUUUACAUACACUAAGUUGACUGUGCCUUUAAACAGCUUGGAAAAUUCCAGAAAAUGAUGUCAUGGCUUUAGAAGCUUCUGAUAGGCUAAUUGACAUCAUUUGAGUCAAUUGGAGGUGUACCUGUGGAUGUAUUUCAAGGCCUACCUUCAAACUCAGUGCCUCUUUGCUUGACAUCAUGGGAAUAUCAAAAGAAAUCAGCCAAGACCUCAGAAAAAAAUUUGUAGACCUCCACAAGUCUAGUUCAUCCUUGGGUGCAAUUUCCAAACGCCUGAAGGUACCACAUUCAUCUGUACAAACAAUAGUACAGGGACCACGCAGCCAUCAUACCGCUCAAGAAGGAGACACGUUCUGUCUCCUAGAGAUUAAUGUACUUUGGUGCGAAAAGUGCAAAUCAAUCCCAGAACAACAGCAAAGGACCUUGUGAAGAUGCUGGAGGAAACGGGUACAAAAGUAUCUAUAUCCACAGUAAAACAAGUCCUAAAUCGACAUAACCUGAAAGGCCGCUCAGCAAGGAAGAAGCCACUGCUCCAAAAUCGCCAUUAAAAAGCCAGACUACGGUUUGCAACUGCACAUGGGGACAAAGAUCGUACUUUUUGGAGAAAUGUCCUCUGGUCUGAAGAAACAAAAAUAGAACUGUUUGGCCAUAAUGACCAUCGUUAUGUUUGGAGGAAAAAGGGGGAAACUUGCAAGCCGAAGAACACCAUCCCAACUGUGAAGCACGGGGGUGGCAGCAUCAUGCUGUGGGGGUACUUUGCUGCAGGAGGGACUGGUGCACUUCACAAAAUAGAUGGCAUCAUGAGGAAGGAAAACUAUGUGGAUAUAUUGAAGCAACAUCAGUCAGGAAGUUAAAGCUUGGUCGCAAAUGAUUCUUCCAAAUGGACAAUGACACCAAGCAUACUUCCAAAGUUGUGGCAAAAUGGCUUAAGGACAACAAAGUCAAGGUAUUGGAGUGGCCAUCACAAAGCCCUGACCUCAAUCCUAUAGAAAAUGUGUGGGCAGCGUGUCCACUGAAAAGUGAAAAAGCGUGUGCGAGCAAGGAGGCCUACAAACCUGACUCAGUUACACCAGCUCUGUCAGGAGGAAUGGGCCAAAAUUCACCCAACUUAUUGUGGGAAGCUUGUGGAAGGCUACCCGAAACGUUUGACCCAAGUUAAACAAUUUAAAGGCAGUGCUACCAAAUACUAAUUGAGUGUAUGUAAACUUCUGACCCACUGGGAAUGUGAUGAAAUAAAUAAAAGCUGAAAUAAAUCAUUCGCUCUACUAUUAUUCUGACAUUUUACAUUCUUAAAAUUAAAAUAAAGUGGUGAUCCUAACUGACCUAAGACGGAAUUUUUACCAGGAUUAAAUGUCAGGAAUUGUGGAAAAACUGAGUUUAAAUGUAUUUGGCUAAGGUGUAUGUAAACUUCCGACUUCAACUGUAUUUUGUAUUAUUAUUACGGGAGUAGACUAUACCAGCGUUGCUAGUACAUAAUGUUUACGUCAAAGCUUAAUAUCGGUGUUCACCAAACAGAGGGUGAGGAGAACAGGGCGGGACAUAAGUUGGGGAAAGCGGAACUUUAUGCAAAUACUCGCCGAUAUCGAGCCACAAUUGACCAAUCGAAGCUCAAUAUAGCUCCUACUGGGAUUGGAUGUUGAUACCUAGCGCUACCUAGCAUGCUCUCAGCUUGUUAGCAACCACAUGGCAAGCCACGUUGGACGAGGCUAGCUUGGAUCGGCAAUACAUCUUCCCCAGUUAACAUGGGCUGUAAGUCUAAGCUAGUUCAGUAUUGUCCUCCAAGUGCUUCUCUUCUUCUCUGGUUCUAGGUCUCUAAGGCUGAGCUAGUUCAGUAUUGUCCUCCAAGUGCUUCUCUUCUUCUCUGGUUCUAGGCCUCUAAGGCUGAGCACGCAGCCGUGCUGCUCUGGAGCGCCACCACCUGGCGCCAGCUGCAGGUGCUGCCCUACCACAGCCUCACCGUCACCCAGAUGGCCUUCUCCCCCAACGGACACUUCCUAUUGGCCGUGUCCCGGGACAGGACCUGGUCGCUAUGGAGACGGGACUACCCCGCUGCCACCCGUACAGACACAGGUGAGCUGAAGGGUCAUGUCGUGUCGUGUCAUGUCUGUCUGUCUGUCUUCUUCGUUGUUGAUUAGAUUUUUUUUACUGGUCACUUUUCAUUUUAUUUUCUCCCUGCUUUAGGAGUUAGUUCAGGUUCAUAUCAAUGCCCACUGACAAAGACAUGAUCAUAUACAAAAAAAAAUGUAUGCACGCAUGACUGUAAGUCGCUUUGGAUAAAAGCGUCUGCUAAAUGGCAUAUUAUUAUUAUAUUAUUAUUAUGUUUAUGCAGCCAAGAGCUAGUUUUGUUUAAGUUAACCUAGGGAUAGUUCAAGUGGUAUCAAUGAGCCUGUAAAGAGGCUUUCCCUGAGCUUGCAUCCCAACACUCAGUACGGCUAGCACUGGAGAAUACAACAAACACAAUAGCAGAAUGAGCUGAACCACCACAUAUUUUAAGACCAAUGUGUUCCUCUAGCACCAACAACCAACGUCUUCAAUCCCCAUUUAAACCCAGUCAGGUAAAUCACCAGUGACAUGGCCCUAACCGGCGGUGCGACUGUUUUUCUUUACCUAUUUUCCUUUUUGGCGGGAGCCUUGGUGGGUUCCCCUGUGCCCGGCGGACUGGCAGUCUAUUCCAGUUGAACCUUGAAUUACUCACAGGCUAACACACACAUACAUAUACACACACACACACACUAGCUUAGCAGUGUCCUCCCAGCCCCCCAGACCAGGGGAGUUUAGACUGUGUCAGGUGUGAUCAAACACCCUGCUCUCCCAGCGCUCCCUGUCCUCCCGCGUCACACACCCACAAAUCUCUAUCAAACUGAUGUGGACGUGUUCCCCCCCUCUCUUUCCCUCCCUCCCUCGCUUUCCCUCUCUUCCUCGCUCUGUCUGUCCCAAAUCUCUCUCUCUCUCUCUCGCUCGCUCUCGCUCUAUCUCUCUCUGCUUAACCAGUCCAGACUUGCCAAUCGGGGGGCUGGAAAGCCCAGUGCUGCCCCCGCCAGGAAAGGGAUGGAGAGUGGCUGGAAGUAGAGAGAAGACAGGUCUCUUCCUGUGUGUGUGUGUGUGUGCGCUGAUACAGACAGAGAGACAGAGCCAGCCUUAUCCUGUCUGUCUAGGUGUGUGUGUCUGGACGUGGGCUGAUACAGACAGACAGAGCCAGACACCCUGCCUGAAUACAAAUAACCUCUCUAGAGGGGGAAAACAAUACCGUGGCUGGCUGCUGGAACUACACAGACAGCAGUGUGUCUCUGUAGAAGGGUGGCUGCUGGAACUACACAGACUGCAGUGUGUCUCUCUAGAUGGGUGGCUGCUGGAACUACACAGACUGCAGUGUGUCUCUCUAGAUGGCUGGCUGCUGGAACUACACAGACAGCAGUGUGUCUCUGUAGAAGGGUGGCUGCUGGAACUACACAGACAGCAGUGUGUCUCUCUAGAUGGGUGGCUGCUGGAACUACACAGACAGCAGUGUGUCUCUCUAGAGUGAUGGCUGCUGGAACUACACAGACAGCAGUGUGUCUCUAGAGCGAUGGCUGCUGGAAAUACACAGACAGCAGUGUGUCUCUCUAGAGGGUGGCUGCUGGAACUACACAGACAGCAGUGUGUGUCUCUUGAGCGAUGGCUGCUGGAACUACACAGACUGCAGUGUGUCUCUCUAGAUGGGUGGCUGCUGGAACUACACAGACAGCAGUGUGUCUCUCUAGAGCGAUGGCUGUUGGAACUACACAGACAGCAGUGUGUCUCUCUAGAAGGGUGGCUGCUGGAACUACACAGACAGCAGUGUGUCUCUCUAGAGCGAUGGCUGCUGGAACUACACAGACAGCAGUGUGUCUCUCUAGAUGGGUGGCUGCUGGAACUACACAGACAGCAGUGUGUCUCUCUAGAAGGGUGGCUGCUGGAACUACACAGACAGCAGUGUGUCUCUCUAGAGCGAUGGCUGCUGGAACUACACAGACAGCAUUGUGUCUCUCUAGAGCGAUGGCUGCUGGAACUACACAGACAGCAGUGUGUCUCUCUAGAGCGAUGGCUGCUGGAACUACACAGACAGCAGUGUGUCUCUCUAGAAGGGUGGCUGCUGGAACUACACAGACAGCAGUGUGUCUCUCUAGAGCGAUGGCUGCUGGAACUACACAGACAGCAUUGUGUCUCUCUAGAGCGAUGGCUGCUGGAACUACACAGACAGCAGUGUGUCUCUCUAGAGCGAUGGCUGCUGGAACUACACAGACAGCAGUGUGUCUCUCUAGAGCGAUGGCUGUUGGAACUACACAGACAGCAGUGUGUCUCUCUAGAGCGAUGGCUGUUGGAACUACACAGACAGCAGUGUGUCUCUCUAGAAGGGUGGCUGCUGGAACUACCCAGGAUGCAGUGUGUCACGACCAACAUUAAUGACAGACAUCAGGGGGAGGAGUAACUGAGGCUCUGGGUUUAUUUGUUUGUCAUUAGAGAGAUUCAUUGUUACCGCUGAGCAGUUAUGUACUGUUUAGACAGACUGUUUCUUUGUGUGUGGCAUGUAGCUUUGUGUGUUUCAACACUAAUGCAAAGUGGAAGGUAGAUGGAUAUUUGAAAUAAUAUCAUAUAUUGUUUGUGGGUGUGCUCCUUCCCUGUCCAGAACCUCAUUUCUCCCUGUACACACACACCAGGAAGGACAUUGCUGUACACACACGCAUCAUAUGGUCAUGUGACUGGAGCGUCGACAACAAGUACUUUGUGACGUCGAGUCGAGACAAGAAGGUAAAUAUUCUACACCAGCAAAACCUUAGUGUUAUUAGCAGAGGUAGCUUGUAUUCUCCAGACUUCAACAUCUACAGUGAGGGAAAAAAGUAUUUGAUCCCCUGCUGAUUUUGUACGUUUGCCCACUGACAAAGACAUGAUCAGUCUAUAAUUUUAAUGGUAGGUUUAUUUGAACAGUGAGAGACAAUAACAACAACAAAAAUCCAGAAAAACGCAUGUCAAAAAUGUUGUAAAUUGAUUUGCAUUUUAAUGAGGGAAAUAAGUAUUUGAUCCCUCUGCAAAACAUGACUUAGUACUUGGUGGCAAAACCCUUGUUGGCAAUCACAGAGGUCAGACGUUUCUUGUAGUUGGCCACCAGGUUUGCACACAUCUCAGGAGGGAUUUUGUCCCACUCCUCUUUGCAGAUCUUCUCCAAGUCAUUAAGGUUUCGAGGCUGACAUUUGGCAACUCGAACCUUCAGCUCCCUCCACAGAUUUUCUAUGGGAUUAAGGUCUGGAGACUGGCUAGGCCACUCCAGGACCUUAAUGUGCUUCUUCUUGAGCCACUCCUUUGUUGUCUUGGCCGUGUGUUUUGGGUCAUUGUCAUGCUGGAAUACCCAUCCACGACCCAUUUUCAAUGCCCUGGCUGAGGGAAGGAGGUUCUCACCCAAGAUUUGACGGUGCAUGGCCCCGUCCAUCGUCCCUUUGAUGCGGUGAAGUUGUCCUGUCCCAUUAGCAGAAAAACACCCCCAAAGCAUAAUGUUUCCACCUCCAUGUUUGACGGUGGGGAUGGUGUUCUUGGGGUCAUAGGCAGCAUUCCUCCUCCUCCUCCAAACACGGCGAGUUGAGUUGAUGCCAAAGAGCUCGAUUUUGGUCUCAUCUGACCACAACACUUUCACCCAGUUCUUCUCUGAAUCAUUCAGAUGUUCAUUGGCAAACUUCAGAUGGGCUUGUAUAUGUGCUUUCUUGAGCAGGGUGCUGCAGGAUUUCAGUCCUUCACGGCGUAGUGUGUUACCAAUUGUUUUCUUGGUGACUAUGGUCCCAGCUGCCUUGAGAUCAUUGGCAAGAUCCUCCCAUGUAGUUCUGGGCUGAUUCCUCACCGGUUCUCAUGAUCAUUGCAACUCCACGAGGUGAGAUCUUGCAUGGAGCCCCAGGCCGAGGGAGAUUGACAGUUAUUUUGUGUUUCUUCCAUUUGCGAAUAAUCGCACAAACUGUUGUUACCUUCUCACCAAGCUGCUUGGCGAUGGUCUUGUAGCCCAUUCCAGUCUUGUGUAGGUCUACAAUCUUGUCCCUGACAUCCUUGGAGAGGUCUUUGGUCUUGGCCAUGGUGGAGAGUUUGGAAUCUGAUUGAUUGAUUGCUUCUGUGGACAGGUGUAUUUUAUACAGGUAACAAGCUGAGAUUAGGAGCACUCCCUUUAAGAGUGUGCUCCUAAUCUCAGCUCAUUACCUGUAUAAAAGACACCUGGGAGCCAGACAUCUUUUUGAUUGAGAGGGGGUCAAAUACUUAUUUCCCUCAUUAAAAUGCAAAUCAAUUUAUAACAUUCUUUACAUGCGUUUUUCUGGAAUUUUUGGUUGUUAUUCUGUCUCUCACUGUUAAAAUAAUCCUACCAUUAAAUUUAUAGACUGAUCAUUUCUUUGUCAGUGGGCAAAUGUACAAAAUCAGCAGGGGAUCAAAUACUUUUUUCCCUCACUGUAUUCACUUAGGUCUGGGCGCGUGUUCACAAAGCGUCUCAGAGAAGAAGUGCUGAUCAAGGAUCAGUCUCGCCUUUUAAAUCAUAAUGAAUUAGAGGAGGGGGAUCUGAUCCUAGAUCAGCACUCCUACUCUGAGACCCUUUGUGAUACAGGCCCUGAACUCCAGCUUAAGACUCCUCUGACAUCAAUACAAGAUUCACAUUACAUUUAAUUAUGUGUUAAGCGCAAGUCAGGAUUCAGCCUUUAAAGGUUGUUAGUUACAAAUGAGCUCCUCAGUAAGUAAAGGUCACAAUGGUAAGGAAGAAGUAGUGUGAUGCUGUUCAUCGUAGGCUGCGUCCCAAAUGGCACCCUAUUCCCUUUAGACUUGACACUUCCAUGCGACUUCUGCUAUCAGAAUACGAAGAUCGCGUUGAAAAGACGUGUCCAGAUGCACAAAAGUCGCAUUGUGUUCAGAUUGUGUUCAGAUCUGGCUGACCACUUCAAGUGGUGUGUAGGGACACAUUGUGUACGGAUUUCUGCUCAGUCUGGACGCAAUCAGGCUACCGAAAGCUCAUACAGUGGGCGACGUCAUCAGCACUUUGCCCACAAGUCUCCAGAAAGCGAGAAGCACCUUUUUUCAUUAAAUGUUGGAGGAAAUACGUUCCUAGCGUGUGAGGAACGUGUUUGCUGGCUUCAUAAAUGCUAGCCAGCUAGCUAGUUUAUUAGGAAAACGAUUAGUUAUCCUAACCUGUUGUCAAUCCCUUUAGCUUUGCUUGCUAGCUAGUUAGCUACAGUAGUUAGCCAUCAAGUUGUUGUUGUGUUAUUAUCAGAUUUAGCCUUUUCCACCGUUUGCAGAAUGCAUACUGGCAUUUCAAUAUAGCGCAGGAAAAUGGAAUCCGGACACACUGUGGACACGGUAGACACAUUUAAAUAUAGGUGUAGACGCAUGAUGUGUUCGGAAUUCCAUGAUCAGAACUCCAUGAUCAGAAUACAAAAGCUGCAUGAACUGUCAAGUCUAGUCACGGCCUUGUAGUGCACCUCUUUUGAGCAGGGCCUAUAGGGAAUAGGGUGGCAUUUGGGAUGCACAAAUGGCCUAUGUUAGUAUGAAGUGACAGUAUAACUUAAUUCACCUUUUCCUUUACAUUGACAUUUACGUAAUUUAGCAGACGCUCUUAUCCAGAGCGACUUACAAGAGCAAUUAGGGUUAAGUGCCUUGCUCAAGGGCACAUUGACAGAGCCUUUUCGGCUUGGGGAUUCUAACCAGCAACCUUUCAGUUACUGGCCCAACGCUCUAAUCGCUAGGCUACCUGCCGCCCUUUACAGGUGAUAGUAUGGGGUGACUGCAGUAGUUCUGAGGCCAGUGUGACCCCUGAUGAACCUCCAGUCAUCCAGCCCUGUUCCUCCAUAUUGGAUGUAGGAGACUCGGCCACUGCUGUCUCCUUUUGCCCCGUCCUCUGCCCCGACAACAGGUACCAUAAUACAGCACUUAUUUGCACAAUUCCAAAUCGACCUCUUGCCCCUUCACCCUAGGCACUACUGCAGAUCUGAAAUGAUUGGAUACUGGAUAGGUAUAAGCAGUAUGCCGGAAAUGUAUACGCAGCCUAUCAGAAGGCAAGAAGGCAUAGGGAAGCUUUAGCCUAUCGCUUAAAUCCUAUUGCUUAAACCUAUUCAUGCCACAUAUGUAGUGUGUACAGUGAGGAAAAAAAGUAUUUGAUCCCCUGCUGAUUUUGUACGUUUGCCCACUGACAAAGAAAUGAUCAGUCUAUAAUUUUAAUGGUAGGUUUAUUUGAACAGUGAGAGACAGAAUAACAACAAAAGAAUCCAGAAAAACACAUGUCAAAAAUGUUAUAAAUUGAUUUGCAUUUUAAUGAGGGAAAUAAGUAUUUGACCCCCUCUCAAUCAGAAAGAUUUCUGGCUCCCAUGUGUCUUAUACAGGUAACGAGCUGAGAUUAGGAGCACACUCUUAAAGGGAGUGCUCCUAAUCUCAGUUUGUUACAUGUAUAAAAGACACCUGUCCACAGAAGCAAUCAAUCAAUCAGAUUCCAAACUCUCCAUCAUGGCCAAGACCAAAGAGCUCUCCAAGGAUGUCAGGGACAAGAUUGUAGACCUACACAAGGCUGGAAUGGGCAACAAGACAAUCGCCAAGCAGCUUGGUGAGAAGGUGACAACAGUUGGUGCGAUUAUUCGCAAAUGGAAGAAACACAAAAUAACUGUCAAUCUCCCUCGGUCUGGGGCUCCAUGCAAGAUCUCACCUCGUGGAGUUGCAAUGAUCAUGAGAACGGUGAGGAAUCAGCUCAGAACUACACGGGAGGAUCUUGUCAAUGAUCUCAAGGCAGCUGGGACCAUAGUCACCAAGAAAACAAUUGGUAACACACUACGCCGUGAAGGACUGAAAUCCUGCAGCGCCCGCAAAGUCCCCCUGCUCAAGAAAGCACAUAUACAGGGCCGUCUGAAGUUUGCCAAUGAACAUCUGAAUGAUUCAGAGAACUGGGUGAAAGUGUUGUGGUCAGAUGAGACCAAAAUCGAGCUCUUUGGCAUCAACUCAACUCGCCGUGUUUGGAGGAGGAGGAAUGCUGCCUAUGACCCCAAGAUCACCAUCCCCACCGUCAAACAUGGAGGUGGAAACAUUAUGCUUUGGGGGUGUUUUUCUGCUAAGGGGACAGGACAACUUCACCGCAUCAAAGGGACGAUGGACGGGGCCAUGUACCGUCAAAUCUUGGGUGACCCUCAGCCAGGGCAUUGAAAAUGGGUCGUGGAUGGGUAUUCCAGCAUGACAAUGACCCAAAACACACGGCCAAGGCAACAAAGGAGUGUCUCAAGAAGAAGCACAUUAAGGUCCUGGAGUGGCCUAGCCAGUCUCCAGACCUUAAUCCCAUAGAAAAUCUGUGGAGGGAGCUGAAGGUUUGAGUUGCCAAACGUCAGCCUCAAAACCUUUAAUGACUUGGAGAAGAUCUGCAAAGAGGAGUGGAACAAAAUCCCUCCUGAGAUGUGUGCAAACCUGGUGGCCAACUACAAGAAACGUCUGACCUCUGUGAUUGCCAACAAGGGUUUGCCACCAAGUACUAAGUCAUGUUUUGCAGAGGGGUCUAAUACUUAUUUCCCUCAUUAAAAUGCAAAUCAAUUUAUAAAACUUUUGACAUGCAUUUUUCUGGAUUUUUUUGUUGUUAUUCUGUCUCUCACUGUUCAAAUAAACCUACCAUUAAAAUUAUAGACUGAUCAUGUCUUUGUCAGUGGGCAAACGUACAAAAUCAGCAGGGGAUCAAAUACUUUUUUCCCUCACUGUAUGUUGGAUUUAGUAUGUUCAGUAUGCUUCCCUUGUAGCCACCACACAGGUGGCACCACCUGUCUGUCUAGUGCCCCGCCUUUGAGUUGCACAUGCACUUUAUUGCCAGACAGUUCCUGAAUUUGCAAUAUGAUGAUGUUUCUGUGUUCAUUUGUCUUUUGUGUGAUCUGUAUUUAACUAUUUUGUAUGUUUAUUUUUAACCCUGCCUGCAAACCAAAUUUACAUCUGGGGACAAAGUUUGAUUGAAUGAUUGAUUGAUGCUCCUCCAGCUACCUGUUGGCGGUGGGGCUGGAGAGUGGCCAGGUCCUGCUGUAUAAGUGGAGACCCAGUGAGGAGCCUGCUGGAGCUGUAGCGUCAGACUGGACCAGAUACGGAGAGACAGACACCUCGUAUCCUUUACGCACACGCACACACACUGAUGUGCACAUGCACACACACACACAAUCCCAAGUUUUCAUCACACAUUUCAGUUUUUUAAAUAGCCUUUUAACCACCCACGUACCUUUUGGCACUGACUAA